AUGGAAUACCUCGUGGGCAAGGGCGCUGACAAGCGACCUGCUGUCGAUGGCAUCAUUUUGCAAGCGCCAGUGUCGGACAGAGAGGCGUUGGAUAACGAGCUUCCGGCCGCAUUCAAGCAAGAAGCGGACCAGCUCGCGUUGAAAAUGUGCAGAGAAAAGCAGUCACGGGACUCCAUGCCGAAUCGUCUCACGAAGCCUGUAUUUGGUCGAAUCGCGAUCACGGCGCAAAGAUGGCUUGAUGUUUCCUCUCCGGCACCUGAUCACAAUGGUGCGGAUGAUUACUUUUCAAGCGACCUUCCCACGGCACGACUGAAUACUACUUUCGGCAAGCUGCCACCGACUUCACCUCUUCUUGUUCUGCUCAGCGGCAGUGACGAGAGUAUGCCGAGCUCUGUGGACAAGCAGAAGCUGUUCGAGACGUGGUCCAGCGUGGUCAAAGAAGCUGGCAGUAGCGUUGAUGAAGUCAACGGGGGCGUUAUCCCCGGCGCAAGUCACAACUGCAAUUCCAGCGCGGAAGAUGUCGUGCAGGAUCUUGUCAGGCGCGUUGUUGGCUAUAUCGGCCGUAUUGACGAUGGAAGCUUGAUGACGACAACGAGUGCCAGGAUUUGA